ACAGCUUCGGAUUCAAUUCAUUGUCUCUACCUUCUAGCUUGCUUCUUCAUAGCUUCCCAACAUACCUUCCACACUUUUAAUAGCUACCUCUCAAACAUCAUCUACCAUCAUGUCUGGAGUCUGGUACUGCUGCGAUUGCUCCUCUGGACCUCACCGGCUAGGCCUUGACGACACCUGCCUUCAGUGCGAUCAACCACGCUGCUCGAACUGCCACAUUGAUACUCAGGACACUGUUCCGCACCACUGUCACGAGUUGUCGCCAUACGCACAGGCUCCAGCUCCCCAGAACUGUGAACUGUCGGGGAACCUUGUCGCAAAGAUGCCGUCCAUGCUGGGAUGUAACAAGUCCAUCCUCCGUGCUUCCUUACACCACAGCCAUGCCUUGCAACAUGGCAUGCCUGGGAUCAACAGCCAGGACUCCCGGGGUACGGUCAACCAUGGCAGCCUAUACUUCUGCUGCCAGUGUGGAGAUGGACCAAAGCUGUGGGACAACCAGCCGAGAUGUGUGAUCUGCCAACAUAACAUUUGCGGAUACUGCAAGCCGGCGAAAUAAAGCAUGAGAAUGGUGACAUGAAUUGAUGUCAACGCAUUGUUUGAUCUACGACCACCUAAUCCAUCGAUUGCGGGUACUUUAUCUGAGCGUUAUCGUUAUGAGCGGCAUGAACAUGGAACAGACAUGACCAGGAGUCUAGGGUUUCUUUUCUUUCCAUUUUCUUUACUCCAUUUGCUUUCUGCUAUUAAUUUCCUUUCUUUUAUUUGGUGAUUUUCUUUUGCAUGAGCGAUUGCAUAAUCUUGGUUGAAUUCUCAAGUGUGUCGAGUUUAGUUCUGUUUUUGGUUUCGGGUUUUUUAUUACAUGGAUG